AUGGCCAGUCCGGAGCGAAUUUUGAAGGCCUUACGGGGGUUAGUGUGCGUUUAUAAACCUGUCGACAUUCAACUAAAUAGCUUCAAGAAGACAAUUUUAAAUCGAAUUGUCGAAGAAUGCAACUUGGUUUUGCCGCAAGCUGAGCAAAAGAUAAUCGAUUAUCCACUAGUGGAAGAAAAUGAGAAUGGAGCGUUGGUGAUUGUGGGAAGUAGGCGACAAAGAGAUUAUUGUCACGAUCCUCUCGUUGUUGGCUCAAGUUUUCGUGUUGAAGACAUUAGAAUGGACGAAUACACUUCAAUGGAAGCUACUACUUCUGGUGUUUGCUUGUUUGGCAUAAAUGAAGGAUGUGAUUUAUUGCCACAGAUUCGAGAUAAUGCAUGGUCUUCCACUUACCGCUUAGAGGGGACUUUGGGGAAGAAAACUCGAGAAAAUCUGAUUAAAGGAAGGGUAACAGAAACUGCCGAAUUUGAAUCUAUCAGCCGAGGGAAAGUUCAGAAACUAUUUGGCAAAAUUCUCUCAAAUUUUCGCCGUCUUUCCUUUGAAUUGAGCGGAAUCGAUCCUCAAAGUGAAACGGUUUUUGAACUGGCAAGACGCGGAAUUCCAAGGCCUUCUGUACCUGGCCAAUUACUGAUGCAUCGACUAGAGCUUGUCAUUUGGAAACCUCCAUACUUUGCAAUUGAGUUAAGCUGCUCUGGAGAAACCGAUGCCACACUGAGAAAUUUCGUGAAUGAAAUUGGUCUUUCCUUGGGAACUUUGGCUUCUCCGGUUCGAUUGACAAGACGAGGAAUUGGACGAUUUCAGGCAGAAAAUGCUCUACUAAGCAAACAACUGAAUUUGCAAAAUUUUGUUCGAAAUAUUGCGUUGAAUCACGAAAUCCUCCUAAAUCAUCGUCGUAAUACGUCACCGAUUUUUGAGGAAACAAAACCGAAGGAACUAGAAAGGAAAGUGAUCGAUGCUAUUGGUCUUCGAAGUCAGAGCGAGCCCUUGGAUGCCAUGAAGCCUUAUUGGAAACGCGAGUACAAU